AUGCCCCCAAAGACCGACGAUGGUGGAUGGAAGAAGUUUCUGUGGGAUUCGGAAAAAGGAGAACUACUCGGUCGUACAGGAGGCAGUUGGUUCAAAAUCCUGAUCUUCUAUGUCAUCUUCUAUGGAUGUUUGGCCGGAAUCUUCAUUGGCACCAUCCAGGCCAUGUUGCUCACCUUGAGUAACUACAAGCCCACAUGGCAGGACAGAGUUGCACCCCCUGGCCUCUCGCACACCCCACGAAGCGACAAAUCAGAAGUGUUCUUUAACCCUAAAGAAGUGGAGACUUACCUGACUUACACUAAAGCCUUGAGGGACUUCCUGGCCAAGUACGAUGAUGAGAAGCAGCUCAACAAGAUGCACUUUGAUGACUGUGGAGAUGAGCCGAUGGAAUACAAGAACCGUGGUGACCUGGAGGGCGAUGCGGGCGUCAGAAAAGCGUGCCGCUUCUCCAGGACCCUGCUGGGCCCCUGCGCUGGCUUGGAGGACAAAGACAAGGACUUCGGCUUUGACAAAGGCCAGCCCUGCGUUAUUGUGAAACUCAAUCGGAUCGUUAACUUCCGUCCUCGGCCCCCUGUCUCAAAUGAAAGCAUCCCUGAAGAAGCCCAACAUAAAGCGCAGCCCAAUGUGAUCCCCAUCUACUGCACCAAUAAGAGAGAAGAAGAUGCUGGGAAAAUUGGCAGGAUCGAUUACUACGGCAUAGGUGGCGGCUUCCCGCUGCAGUACUACCCGUAUUACGGCAAGUUGCUCCAACCCCAGUACCUGCAGCCGCUUGUGGCGCUGCACUUCACCAACCUGACCAGGAACGAAGAGCUGCGUGUUGAGUGCAAAGUUUACGGCGACAACAUAUCUUACAGCGACAAAGACCGCUACCAGGGACGCUUUGACAUCAAGAUCAUGGUUAAAGGUUUAUGA